AUGACGUUACGAUCCGACACCCACGGCUCGCUGCCCUCGGCCGCCACUGUCACCAAUGGCGAGACGUCGAGGUUCCGUGCCCAAGGCGACAGCAGCGCCGACAACGACGCCUCCUCCGAUCACGACGAUAGGCGGCCCUCAAGCGCCCCUGGCCGUAAGAACGGCAUCGCGCUCACAGGCGAGGCGAGAGACGAUUUUGGGCACGACCGGCCGAAGCGCCCGACCAAGCCCCAGCUCCUGCGCUCAAAGAGCGAUUACCGCCCGUCGCGCCAAACAGAAGAUGACGACGACGUCGACGACGAGGUCCCGGCCUGGGGAGCCAGGCACGGCUUCGAGGACCAUUACCAGUCCGAGCAUAUAAUAUCCCAGCUUGUGAAUAAUUGGUACAUGUACUUUACCGACAAGCGACACGAGACGACCGGGAAGCCCAAGAAACUCGAGUACGAGCUGCAGGACUGGCGUCAGCGGGACCGGCUCAAGACCGUGUCCGCCGCGUUGGCCGUCUGUCUGAACAUCGGCGUGGAGCCUCCGGACCAGCUCAAGACAACUCCCGGUGCCAAGCUCGAGGCGUGGACCGAUCCAACGGUACCGCCUAUUCAAAAGGCGCUCGAGAACAUUGGCAAGGCUCUCCAGGCCCAAUACGAAACGCUGGCGAUCAGAGCUCGCUACAAGCAGUAUCUGGAUCCGUCCGUUGAGGAAACUAAGAAGUUCUGCGUCUCCCUACGCCGCAACGCCAAGGAUGAGCGCGUGUUGCUGCACUACAACGGCCACGGCGUCCCGAAGCCCACCGCCUCGGGCGAGAUAUGGGUGUUCAACAAGAAUUAUACGCAGUACAUUCCCGUCAGCCUGUACGACUUGCAGCACUGGCUGCAGGCUCCAACGAUAUUCGUCUGGGACUGCUCCGAAGCCGGCAACAUACUCAAUAACUAUCACCGCUUCGUCGAGAAGCAUGAGGAAGAGGAAGAGGAGGCCGCCGCGCGCGACCCUCACUACGAAAAAACCAGCUUCCGCCCAUACAUCCAUCUAGCAGCCUGCGCCGUCAAGGAGAACCUGCCUACGAACCCACUGUUGCCCGCCGACCUCUUUACGGCCUGUCUGACAACGCCGAUUGAAAUGGCACUAUGGUUUUUCGUACUUCAAAACCCGCUGAAGACGAACCUCACACCCGAGCGAGCGAAGCAGCUGCCGGGGCGCCUUCAGGAGAGACGCACCCCGCUGGGCGAGCUCAAUUGGAUCUUCACGGCUAUUACGGACAGCAUCGCAUGGACCACGCUGCCCCGGGAUCUGUUCCGCAAGUUCUUCAGGCAGGAUUUGAUGGUUGCGGCCCUGUUCCGCAACUUCCUCCUGGCGCAGCGCGUCAUGACUGUGUACGGCUGCCACCCGCAGUCUUACCCGGCGCUGCCCGAUACCCACCAACACCCGCUUUGGGAGACGUGGGAUCUCGCCGUCGACAUGGCACUGGCGCAGCUGCCGAUGCUGGAGAAGAAGGAGAGCGAGGGAAUCGACUACGAAUAUCACAAUUCGACAUUCUUCACAGAGCAGCUUACCGCCUUUGACGUCUACCUGACCAGGGGAGACGCAAUGGCCCAGAAGCCGCCGGACCAGCUUCCGGUUGUAUUGCAGGUGCUGUUGAGCCAGCAGCAUCGAGUGAGAGCCCUCAUUCUUCUUGGCAGGUUCUUGGACCUCGGUCCAUGGUCGGUGCAGCUCGCCCUGAGUAUAGGAAUCUUCCCAUACGUUCUCAAGCUUCUGCAGUCGGCGGCUGCGGAGCUCAAGCCCGUCAUGGUUUUCAUCUGGGCACGCCUCAUCGCGGUGGACAUCUCUUGCCAACAGGAUCUCAUCAAGGACAGUGGAUAUGGCUACUUUGCCCAGAUCCUGAAGCCAUCAGAAGGUCUUCCCGUUGUUGACAGCGACGAGCACAAGGCCAUGUGUGCCUUCAUCCUUGCCAUGCUCUGCAAGGACUACAAGAACGGCCAGAUGGUGUGCAACCAGAUGGACAUCAUGUCCUACUGCCUCUUCCACUUGCAGAACGAAAGCAAUCCGCUUCUGCGCCAGUGGGCGUGUCUCUGCAUCAGCCAGCUUUGGCAAGACCUCCCCGAGGCGAAGUGGCGAGGCAUCCGGGAGAAUGCCUACGUCAAGCUGGCCUAUCUUAUUCGCGAUCCUUGCUGUGAAGUUCGUGCGGCUAUGGUGCAUGCGAUGACCACAUUCCUGGGCAUCCCUGACCUCACGGACGAGGUGGCGCGCAUCGAAGAGUCCAUCGCAUGGACCAUCCUGGACAUGGGCACCGACGGCAGCCCAAUGGUGCGCAAGGAGUUCCUGGUGUUCCUCUCGCAGUUCAUCGUCCGAUUCGAGAACAAGUUUCUGGUCGCGGCCUUUGACCAACUUCAAGAAGAAAAGGACUACCUGUUGUUCCCGCCGCAGGACGAUGGCCAGGAGCACAAGAUGGGCCUGCAUUACACGAGACCCGAGAACAGAAACAAGGACGGCACCAUCAAGGCCACCUCGCACGGCCUGUCGCACAAUACCGUCUACAUGGCCUGCUGGAAACACGCGCUUAUUCUCAGCGUCGACCCGCACCCAGAAGUGCAGCGCGACGCCACGAUUAUCGUCGACUACGUGCACAACGCCCUUAUCAGUUCUGCAGUCGGGGAGUCGGCGCAGGCCCUGAUGCGGGAGAUUCAGCUUCGCGCAAACAGGACGGCACAGCGCCAGGCAGCUACUGCAAGUCAAAGGAACUCGCUGCGAGGAGCACCCAACACUCCCCCCUUGCCUUCGCCGGGCAUCCUGCGGCGGACAGCGAGCCUGUUCCUCCAGUCCUUUAUCGGCACGGAGGACAAGUCCCGGCCGACCACGCCGUCAAGUCCGGUGCCGCCCAAGUCUCCGUCAGCCAAGGUGCCUGCUGAUCAAGUGUCGGCGCCGCCUGAGCAAAACGAUCUGUACGGCACCCCUGCAUCGUACAAUGUCGCGCGCGAACCGCUGUCUGGUGCCUACCAGGCGAGAGAUCUCACAAAGCUGCCUACGCUGCCACUGAAGAGCGGAUUCCUCGAGUGGUCAAUCGAAUAUUUCCGCGAGCCUCAGAUGAAGGCCAGCGAGGCGGACGAGCCUGGAAGCACCGAGUACAACGAACGUCUGUGGCGAAGAGCGCGGAACGAGAAUAUGCUGCGGGAAACGCAGCCGCUGAAGGCGCUCGCCGGUACGCACAAGUGGAAUAAUCAGCUAGGCAUUGUCAACAAUGGUGCCCAGCCUGCGAAGAUGACCUUCCAUCAGUACGAGGAUCACCUCGCGGUGUCAGACGACGGGAACACCGUAUACGUGUGGGACUGGAAGAAGCAGGGCCGGCUGAGCAAGUUCAGCAACGGCAACCCCGAGGGCUCCAAGAUCAGCGACAUGAAGUUUAUCAACGAGGAUGACCUGGCGUUCCUGCUGACCGGGUCAUCGGAUGGCGUGAUUCGCGUCUACCGAAACUACGACUCGGACAAGAACAUUGAGCUUGCCACUUCGUGGAGGGCGCUGACGCACAUGGUACCCAGCAACGUCAAUUCGGGCAUGGUGUUCGACUGGCAGCAGGUAACGGGCAGGGUGCUGGUCGCGGGCGAUGUCAGGGUCAUCCGCGUGUGGUACGCGGCGCACGAGACGUGCAUAAUGGACAUUCCCGCCCGAUCGGGCUCGUGCGUGACCUCGCUUACCUCGGACCAAAUGACUGGCAACGUCUUUGUUGCUGGGUUCGGCGACGGAGCGGUGCGCGUGUUUGAUACACGACAGCGACCUCAAGACUCGAUGGUGCGCAAGUGGAAAGACGAGUCGGACCGCCAAUGGAUUAAGAGCGUCCACAUGCAGCGCGGCGGGCAGCGGGAGCUCAUCAGCGCGAGCCGCAAUGGCAAGGUCAAGAUCUGGGACAUCCGGAUGGAUAAGCCGCUGCACUCAUUCCAGACGACACGAGACACGCUGCGAACCGCCAGCACACACGAGCACCUGCCGGUGUUUGCAGUGGGAACGUCACAGCACUCGGUCAAGGUGUUCAACUUCGAUGGCAACGAGCUGUCGCGGCUCGAGCCGUACUCGAGCUUUCUCCAGCAGACGCGCGGAGGUCCGAUCUCGGCGACGGCGUUCCACCCGCACCGCCCGAUACUGGGUUGUGCUGCGCGGGGCGAUCACCACAUCAACCUCUUUACUUGCGAGAAGGCUGAGCCGUUGCACUUUGCCGACGACGGCGCUCGUGCUGGCGGGGGCAACCUUGUACACAUCCCCAACGGCUUGUAUACAAUGCACUGGGGCCUCAUGCUUCGGCUGGUUUCUGUUGAUUUGGGGGCGGUCAUUCGGAACGGAGUUCAGGAACAGGAGUUGCGAGACAUGUUGCGGUCGUCAUGGGAGGCCGGUGAGGCUGCGGCGUUUCCCAGCAGGGCGCUGCUUUUGCUAGACUUGCUUGCUAUUGACGAGACGCCUGUAUCGAGUAAUGAAGAAGCCGCUGGCUGUCCUGCGUGA